AUGCUGACGCAGCCCUUGUGGUGCAGGGCCCAUCCUCCGCUAUCACGGCCGGCCUGUGCCUUUGGGAGACGAUCCGGCAUUGUUCUUCUCCCCAGGGCUCUUCAGCUGCGAGUCUCGUCCUCGUCCUCGCUCUCGCGUCUGCGCCAUAAGAACCCUAGUGUCUCCUCCUCUCAUUCUCCGGUUGUCUCCUCCUCCAAUGCUUUGCUCUGUCCCGUCACACGUCCGACUCUAGUCCCUUCCAUCGCCGCAGCCACCUCCGCUACCUCCGUUACCCUACCUCCAAUGACCACCCAAUCCAGAGACCACGGUGGCCAUCAUGGCCACCACCACCACCACCAUCACCAUCACGGAAACGUCUACCUUACUUCUACCGAUAAACAUGAUGCUGGUGUGCGAAUUACUCGACUUGGCCUGGUCGCUAACCUCGCCAUGGCCAUCGGGAAGUUCAUCGGCGGCUACGUGUUCCAUUCCCAAGCUCUCAUCGCCGACGCCUACCACGCCCUUACCGAUCUAGUUUCCGAUUUCCUGACAUUAGGCACGGUCGCCUGGUCGCUCAAGCCGCCGAGCGAGCGAUUCCCUAAUGGUUACGGCAAGAUCGAAAGCAUCGGAGCAUUAGGGGUUAGCGGGCUGUUGCUUUGCGGAGGUGUGUUUAUGGGCCUCAAUUCCGGCCAGGUUCUGCUGGAUCAGUUCUACCCCCAGGCUGCGGAAGCGAUCGCGCAUGUAGGCGCCCUGGGACACGGUCACUCGCAUAGCCACGGCGUUGAGGCAAUGGGCCCGAGCAUUCAUGCCGCAUGGCUUGCUGCGGGGUCCAUCGUGGUGAAGGAGUGGUUAUAUCAUGCUACGAUGAAAGUUGCUACGGAACGCAAAUCCUCGGUACUAGCCUCCAACGCCAUCCACCACCGCAUCGACUCCCUGACCAGUAUCGUCGCUCUCUUUACGAUUGGCGGCACCUAUCUCUUCCAAGACGCAUCCUGGCUGGACCCUGUGGGUGGACUGUUGAUUUCGCUGAUGGUCAUCAAGGCUGGAUGGGGAAACACUAAGACGUCGCUGCUGGAGCUCGCUGAUACGAACGUUGACGACGACAUCAAGGAAUCAGUACAGAAAGCCGCGGCUAAGAUGCUGGCGAAAUUGGAAGGUGGCGAUGCCAUCAAGGUCCGUGAUGUGCAGGGCAUGAAGUCCGGACAGAACUAUCUGAUGGAUGUCGAGAUCGCUGUGCCAGGCGCGUGGUCUGUCAGCCGAACCCGGCAGGUCGAGGAGUCCAUCCGCACUGCGGUCGGUGAAGGCGUGCGUGGAGUCAAGCGUCUCAAAGUUCGGUUUAUUCCCUUGGAGCACGAGGAGCUGACUUUCACGGAGGAAUUCAUCCCUGCGGAUGUCACUUCUCGUGCGCGUCCUGAGCCAGAGGAUGGCGAGGAGGAUGAGCAUGACCAUGACCAUGAACAUGACCAUGAACCCCGCAAAACCCGCUGA